UCAGUGUUGUCAGGCAAAAUAUAAGAGAGCAGUAGGAGAAGAGAUCUGCAAUAGAUAAACACACAGACCCACACGCACGCACCAGCUGGCGCGCUUGCAGGCGCGCACAACACGCAUCUAGAAACAGACAGUCCAGAACUGCGAGUGCUCCGCUCUUGUUUCUCCGCUGCUCUAUUAAUUGUGCUUUUGUCAUCUGUCAUUUCAGUGGAAAACAACCACUGACAUAGGGAGAGACAGAGAGAGAGAGAGGCAGAGGCAGGUGUGCCCUUUAAUAGAAAAGAAGCUGAGGCAAGGACAGCUUUCAAGUCUCCAUCCUCUGUGGAGGCUGUGGCAUUCAGAGGAGCGUGAAAAAGAACGGACAGUCAGACAAAGCUCUGCGUUUUUCUCAGUUCUUGCUCCUUUCACCUGGAGAUAGGCUGCAAUGGUUGGCAGUAAUCAGAGGCCUAAACCUGUCUGAGAGAGCCCUAUGAACAGUCGAUCCAAUGGACAUCAAAGGCCAGUGUUGGACAGACGAGGAGUCAGAUGGGGAGAACGAAUCUGAACAGUUCCUUUACGGAAUCCAGUGCUGCUUGUUGCAGGGGAGCUGUGCUGCUGACCUGUACCGCCACCCUCAACUAGAUGCAGACAUUGAGGCUGUCAAAGACAUCUACACUGACAGUGCCAUCUCAGUCAGGGAGUAUGGAACCAUUGAUGAUGUGGACAUCGAUCUUCAUAUUAACAUCGGCUUCUUAGAUGAGGAGGUUGCAACAGCCUGGAAAGUUAUCAGAACAGAGCCCAUUAUUCUGAGACUGCGCUUUUCUCUUUCUCAGUAUCUCGAUGGACCCGAGCCGUCAGUAGAAGUGUUUCAGCCUUCAAAUAAAGAAGGCUUCAGUCUGGGCCUGCAACUCAAAAAGAUUUUGAGUACAUUCACCUCACAGCAGUGGAAGCACCUCAGCAAUGAGUUCCUCAAGGCCCAACAGGAAAAGAGGCAUAGCUGGUUCAAAGCUGGAGGAACCAUCAAGAAGUUCCGUGCUGGGCUCAGCAUUUUCUCCCCAAUUCCCAAGUCUCCAAGUUUUCCUCUGAUCCAAGACACGGUUCUAAAAGGGAAGUUGAGUGUCCCUGAGCUGAGAGUGACUCGCUUGAUGAACCGCUCCAUCUCCUGUACAAUGAAGAACCCUAAAGGGGAGCUCUUUAGCUAUCCACCAAACAGUCAGACCGUAGCUGUCCCGGCGGCCAGGGCCCCAGCGCAGAUUACCACGAGGCAGCUGAUUGAAUUGUUUUUUUCAUCCCAGGCGGGCGGCCACUGCAAGAACAUCCCUACGUUGGAGUAUGGCUUCUUAGUGCAGAUAAUGAAGUACUCAGAGCAGAGACUCCCCACACUUAAUGAGUACUGUGUGGUCUGUGACGAACAACAUGUCUUUCAGAAUGGGUCCAUGCUGAAGCCUGCUGUGUGCACCAGGGAGCUGUGUGUGUUCUCCUUCUACACUUUGGGUGUGAUGUCUGGAGCUGCAGAAGAAGUGGCCACGGGAGCAGAGGUUGUGGACCUACUUGUGGCUAUGUGUCGAGCUGCACUUGAGUCCCCCCGCAAGAGCAUCAUCUUUGAGCCCUACCCAUCAGUUGUUGAUCCAAAUGAUCCCAAAACUCUUGCAUUCAACCCAAAGAAGAAGAAUUAUGAAAGACUGCAGAAAGCACUGGACAGUGUCAUGUCCAUUCGUGAAAUGACCCAGGGUUCUUAUCUGGAGAUCAAGAAACAGAUGGACAAACUGGACCCUUUGGCCCAUCCUCUGUUGCAAUGGAUCAUUUCCAGUAAUAGAUCUCAUAUCGUCAAGCUGCCUCUCAGCAGGCAACUGAAAUUCAUGCACACCUCCCACCAGUUCCUGUUGCUCAGCAGUCCCCCAGCCAAGGAGGCCCGCUUUCGCACCGCCAAGAAGCUCUAUGGCAGCACCUUUGCCUUCCAUGGAUCCCAUAUAGAGAACUGGCACUCUGUUCUUAGAAAUGGACUGGUCAACGCCUCUUAUACUAAGCUGCAGCUGCACGGGGCAGCGUAUGGAAAGGGCAUCUAUCUGAGCCCCAUCUCCAGCAUUUCUUUUGGAUACUCAGGAAUGGGGAAAGGACAGCAUCGCAUGCCCACCAAAGACGAGCUGGUACAGCGUUACAACCGUAUGAACACCAUACCACAGAGCCGCCCAAUCCAAUCAAGGUUUCUGCAAAGUCGAAACUUGAACUGCAUUGCUCUUUGUGAAGUGAUCACAUCUAAAGAUCUGCAGAAACACGGCAACAUAUGGGUGUGUCCGGUCUCCGACCACGUCUGUACACGCUUUUUUUUUGUGUAUGAGGAUGGCCAAGUAGGAGAUGCCAACAUUAACACUCAGGAGCCUAAGGUGCAGAAGGAGAUCAUGCGUGUUAUUGGGACCCAGAUCUACUCAAGCUAAUGGAGGUUCAGCAGCCAAUCUAUCCCUGUCUCAGCUGGGGGCAAGCAGACAAACAGACAAUUGAAGCGAAUGUUUGAGUGAGCCGUCCUAAGGCCAGAAACUGAGGGAGGAAAAGCUCCCGAGUACAUCACAUUCUCCUGUGUUUCACCUUCUCUGGAUUGCUACGAAUUACAUAUUCAUCUGGCCCUCAGGUUGCACCUGGUUUAAGUCAGCUUUUCCCCAUUUCUUAGCAGUGAAAGCAUUUUUUAGAAUUAACAAAACUGCUGUCCACACUAAUGCACACAUUUUUCCUGGAGUGCCGAGGUUAUACUCUUGUUGCUGUGUUUACUUUCACUGAUUUCUUGGACUCGUUACUUCAGUUUUUUAUUCCUCUUUGUGAAUAUGUAGUAAAACAAAAAUUCAUUCCAAAUGAUUGACUUUUUUUAUGGCAAAUAUGGAAGGGGAUUACAGACACAAAAACGUUGGCAAGUCAUUAUCUGUCAUUAGUUUAUGCAAUACAUUUUGACUAAAGACAUGAACUAAGGUCACGAUGAGUGGAAGGACAUGCACCACUGUGGAGGGUUUUGUCCAUGUCCACUGAUACUUCCACACUACAGAAGGUAGUUGCUGAAAUUCAACCUAAUAUCAAUAUAUAACAAAUCUAGCUUUUUUGUUUAUUAAUAACUGUUGUAAUAGUUAGAGAAAACUGAAAAUUGGUUUUGGCCGGGACAAGCCAAUACAAAUUUCUAGUUUUCUUUUUUGACUGCUAUUUUAUUUAUUUAUUUUAUUUUAUCUUAAGGGAUACAACUCAUAAACAUAUGCAGGUUCUCUUAUUGCAAUUGUGUCUUUGAACCCAGCAGAAAAUAAACGAAUCCCAAAUAUGAAUAAUUGGGAUUCCUGAUUAUGAAUUUAUCUGAUUUUUAUUGAACACAAAACAAAAUGCAUCAAUGUACAUGACCUUUGGUGAUGUGUUUAUUGACUGAAAAAGGUGGGAGUUCUUUGUUGCAUUUAAUGAAAAUUCAGAAUUUCCAGUUUUCAACCUGCCGAUAUACAGUGAGAUCCAAUUAGAUAUGGGGCCUUUAUGGUUAGGAAAUGGGCAGAAAAAUGGACCCCAAAUGGGAAUGUAUGUGGGUUACAAAACUGCCUUAAAAAGUUUGAUAAAAUUGGGACCCAUAUGUGUACUGGACAUAUUACCCAAUCUAAAUGCAUUCUUUCAUAUCUAUUUGAGACUCACCUUAGACCUAUGAAGAAUGUGGGUUUUAUUUAGCUAUCCCAAUUAGGUCCUACCCAGGAAGCACUUUGCCAGCCUAAAAAAAAAAGGUUGCAGGGCCCGUGUACACAUAUUAAUUGGGAAGUAUGAAGGAGAAUUGCAUUCUCCAAAGAUACAUUUUGUGAUUAUUUCACACUAAACAUUUUAUAAAAUGAUGGCCUGGAAUGUAGAAUUUGUUGUAUUUAUCAGCUCCAGGUUUGUUUUUGAUUUUAUUGGGAUUCAGUGUCUAUAAGUGCUUAUAGAAGUAUUAAGAGAGUAAUAUAAUGGAUGAUGUGUCAGGACAAAACUGUAGCUGUCAGAAUCCAUAACAGUGACGCAAAUAUGUACAGUUGAAACCAGAUAUUUACGUACAUUGGAUAAAGAAAGACACGAUACCUUGGGCAUUCUCUUUCUGAUAGGCACCAGGCCCCUGCAACCCUAGAUGGAUGGAUGGAUGGAUGGAUGUAUUCUCUUUCUCAUUCUGACAUCUGGCAAAUAAAAUAAUGAAAAUCCUAACUGACCUAAAACAUUAAACCUUUAGUAUGAUUUAUUGCCAGAGACUUAGAAAAACAGGUUGUGUGCUUUUUUAUAGAGUGUAGGUAAACAUCUGGUUUCAACUAGUAAUGGGACUAGCAUGUGACUCAUUGGGGGAAAAAAAAGAGUUGAUUUAAUGUGUGAUCCAAUUACUGUGAUAACCUUUCAUGCAUCAUAAUCUUUUAAUUAGUCAUUCCAACUUGAAAUGUUUCUGUGUUGAUCUGUGUGUAUGAGCUACAUAUUCCACAGGAAAACUAAAAUCUAAAAAUUUUGAUUAUUUUCCCAAACAAUACUUCGGCAGCAUUUAGUCCAGGUGAGCUUUGUACUUUCUUGAUAUUAUAUUAGACAUUGCACUUAUUCAGCAUUUGCCUAAACUGAAGACAGCAACUGUCCUGGGACCUGCCGUAGACAGUCAAGGGACGACAAAAGGUGAUAGCGUAAAAAAAAAAAAAACAACUUAAAUAUCCAACAUCUUAACUAUGGUAUGUCUAUACAAAAAAUUGACUUUUAAAUAGUACUGGAACUCUAAACACUAACUGGACAUAAAGAUGCUGCAAUGAAAGCAAAUUGUAUAUAUGGACACAGGAGAACUUGGUAAAACUGAUGUACAUGAUGUAUAUUGCCAGACUCUGCUAACAGCUGAUAACUGUUUCUGCCAAGAUGUGUGAGCGCUGAAUCUCUUUAGGGGUCUAUUUUCUCACCGUCUGUCUCUGCCUUGUGAUGUUGCAGAGAUUAUGACGACGACAAUGAUGGUGAUUAUGGCGCUGAUGAAAGGCAGCAGUGCUGGAGAAAAAAGAAUAAAGCCUGAUUUUGCACAGUU